CCUCCUCUCAUCUCUCUCCCUCUAUCAGAGUUAACUUCUCAUCUGUUCAGCACCAAGACCGAUCCUUCCAUACCCUUCGGCAAAGGACUAGAAAAAACAUGAAGAAGGAGAUGGUGAUCAACGUGCAGAUGAACUGCGAGAAGUGCCGGAGCAAGGCCAUGCAGUUGGCUGCAUCAGCAGGCGUUGAUUCUGUUAAGGUAGAUGGGGAGAAGAGCCAGUUGGUUGUUGUCGGAGAAGUCGAUCCUGUUAUCUUGACAGACAAUUUGAGGAAGAAGAUAGGCCAUUCUGAAAUAGUUAAAGUGGCGGACGUGAAGAAAGAUGAUGAAACGAAAUCAGAAGAACCUAAGGUCGAGCCUAACUUUGCAUGGUAUGGUUACACGCGCGCCCCGCCCGUGGUAGCGUACGAGGAUCCCAAUAAUUAUUCGAACCCCAACGUUUGUUCCAUCCUGUAAACUAUGGAUCAUUGGGAUCAUCCCUUUGCUUGCUAGUUUUUAUUAUGAGGACUUCAAAUAUUUGUGUAGAAUGUUGUGUUUGCUUGUUAUUAUGACCGACAAUGGAGUAGGUUGGUGUUGCAAUCACUCAACUACCCGUAUAACCCUUUGCAUAGGUACGGGGAUGGACAUCCGCUGCUAACCCUUUGCAUAGGUACGGGGAUGGACAUCCGCUGCUCUAUGAUAUUCGCGGGUUAGUAAGAAAUUGUGACUUCUUUCAGCCCGCUCAUGUGUGCCGGAAGGCAAACGAGACUGCGAACUAGAUUGCCUCCUUUGCUGCUCAGUACUCAAAAGAGCUUCUUUGAAAGGGUUAUGUAUUUGCUCCUUCUCUUCACUAAUUUUUUUUUCUCAUGACUGUGCUGGCUGUACUAAUGCAAGUCUGUGUAAACGGCCGUUUAAAAAAAAAAAAUACAUGCUACCUUCGAGUAUUUUAAGGGAUCGAAUACGAGGAAUGCCCGAGUAGGUGGAACAGUCACCAGCAGGACUUUGAACGGCGCAUGCGCUUCGUAUAUCCAUCCAAGAAAAUGACUUUGUUGGACGACAGCGGCUGCAGACGGAGACUUGUCUGCGCUGGCGAGAGCUCGGCCGAGACAAUGAGUUGACGAGAAGACCAUCAUAUCAGUGACCAAAUGGAGACUUGUAUGUCCUCUAAUUCCCACGAUGUUCAUGUACUCAUGAUGCUUGCAUAAAAAAUUAUGCUAGUGGGCUAACUAAGUCAAACACUCCGUCUUGGUGCUUAGAGGACCACUAGUUGUUGUUAGAUAAACCAUUAUUAAUUUUUUGGAAAAAAGAUGUGUAUAAUGAAAUGCAAGAAAUGCAAAUUAGAAAUUUU